UCAUGAACAUAAUGUGCAACACGGACAAGGAAGUAUUGCCAACAAUGUACCUCACUUGGAAAUGAAGUUUGAUUCUGAGUCGGCGGCUUAUGAAUUUUAUAAUGAGUACAGUAAAAGAAUUGGAUUUGGUAUUCGUCGAGAAUAUGGAAAUAAAAGCAAAGUAGAUGGAGUUUUGACUUCAAGAAGAUUCACAUGCUUCAAAGAGGGUGUACGGGGUGUUGACAAAAGACGUCAACCAAAAGGGGAGCCUAGAGCAGAAAUUAGAACGGGAUGUGUUGGCGCGUAUGGUUAUUUCACUCGAUCGGAAGAUAGAGAAAUAUAAAGUUGUUGACUUUAUAGCUGAACAUAACCACGAACUUCAACCUGAGCAUGUUCAUAUGAUUCGCUCUCAUCGACGCAUAUCUGAUACACAAGCAUCACAAAUUGUCUUGGGAGAUGAAUCUGGAUUAAGACCAAAAGAUUUGCAUGAAUAUAUAUCCAAGCAAGCUGGUGGAAUAAAGACAGUUGGUUUUACAAAAAAAGACCUUACGAAAAAAUCCCUUCUUUCAAGUGGUUAUUUGAAACAUUUCUCAAGGCAAUGGGUGGUAAAAAGCUAAAAACCAUGAUGACGGAUCAAGAUGCUGCGAUGGCUAAGGCUAUUUCCUUAGUUAUGCCAGAAACAUUUCAUGGAUUGUGCACUUGGCAUAUAAGACAGAAUGCUUUACGGCAUGUGAACCACUUGUAUCAAAAGAGUUCACGAUUCGGUUUGGAUUUUGAAGCAUGCAUAAAUCUACAUGAAGAUGAGGGUGAAUUUUUGAAUGCUUGGAAUUCUUUGCUUGUUGAGCAUAAUAUAUUGGAAGGGUCGUGGUUGCAUACAAUUUUUCAAUUGAAGGAGAAAUGGGCAUGGACAUAUGUCCGGAAAACAUUCACUGCAGGUAUGAGAUCUACUCAAUUAAGUGAGAGCUUUAAUGCUGAUUUGAAGAACCAUUUGAAGUCUGAUUUAAAUUUGGUACAAUUUUUUACACACUUUAAAAGAGCUGUUAAUGGUAAACGAAACAAAGAGUCAGAAGCUGAAUAUGAGUCAAAAAAUAAGCUUCCUAGAUUGAAAAUGAAGAAGGCUCGUAUGCUCAUACAAGCUGCAAAUGUUUACACUCCAAGAAUAUUUGAGGAGUUCCAAGAGGAAUAUGAAGAAUAUCAAGACACUUGCAUAAAAGAUUUGAAAGAAGGCUUGUAUGCUGUCACAAACUAUGAUAAUCCAACGGAGAGGAUAGUUAUGGGAAAUGCUAUGGAACAAAAAGUUUCUUGUGAUUGUCGUAAAUUUGAGACACAUGGCAUCUUAUGCAGUCAUGCUUUGAAAGUUUUAGAUGUCAUGAACAUUAAGUUAAUUCCUGAAAUCUAUAUACUUAAGCGAUGGACAAGAAAUGCAAGGUUGGGAAGUGAUCAAGAUUGGAAAGGGAGGCAUGUUGAAUUAGACAUAAAAGCCCAUUUUAUGAAGCGGUACAAUGAGUUAUGUCCUCGAAUGGUUAAGUUGACCAACAAAGCUUCAGAAACUCAUGAAACUUACACAUUUUUGUCCAAAGUUUAUGAAGAGUCCAGCAAAAUAAUUGAUGAUAUGUUGGCCAAAAAGUAUGUGGAUGGAGAAUCAGGUGGCAUGGUUCAUGUAUCCAUAUCAAUUGCAAAUGAUGAAAUUGACAAUGUGGACACCGUUGGCAUGGCAAAAGGCAUAGCUAAUCGAGAAUGUUCACGCAAGCAGAAAAAGCGAUAUAAAUCUUGGAUUGAGAAAAAAGAUAAAAAGACAAAGAUGUGCUCAAAGAGAAAGAGGUCUGGUGAAAAUUUAGUGCAGUCGUUACCGCAAGAAACUACCAUUCAAGCGACACAAUCAAGUCAAGUUGACAAUGGAACUCAACAUCAAGCUACAAUCCAAGAGUCAUAACCAAGUCAAGUUGACACAUACAUUCACAUUCGUGGUGCUGCUAUUUUCGAUUUUGGCUGUUUUGACAGUUAGGGGUAGCUGCUACCGUGGUGUUUUCUUUUGAUUUUGGGCACUGUCAACUAUUUUGUAGUGGCUUUUUGCUGUUCUGUUGUUUCUGUUCAGCUUGUUCAGCUGCAACGUAAUAUUUAUCACCUGCGCAACGUGUUGCUAAUAGCGGAUACUGUGAUUUCGUCACUGUAAUUAAAAAUUCUGUAACGAACACAUGAUGCAUGAUUUUGU